AUGCGGCCAAGGGCAUCGCCGCCUCCGUCUCCUCCUCAAGGGGAGCUCACCGGCGAGGACGCGGCGGAGGCAGUAGGCCGUGAGGGGACGGGGUCGCUGCUGCCGUCGCGUGCGAGCAGGCCAAGGGCCCAGGAGCCGGGCAGAUGGAGGGGACGGGCAUCACUGCUAGUAAGUGGCAACGACGACCCAUUACACUGGGAUUGUGGGCUUUCCAUGGCCCGGGAAGAAGAGGAAGAAGGGAACAGCACUCUGCGCAUACUUGUAGCGACGGACUGCCACCUCGGCUACCUCGAGAAAGACGAGGUGCGCAGAUUCGACUCCUUUGACGCCUUUGAGGAAAUCUGCUCGCUGGCAGAGAAAAACAAGGUCGAUUUCCUACUCCUUGGUGGUGACUUGUUCCAUGAGAACAAGCCUUCGUGCUCGACGUUGGUGAAGGCCAUUGAGAUCCUGCGGCGCUAUUGCAUGAACGACCGGCCGGUGCAGUUUCAGGUGGUCAGUGAUCAAGCAGCCAGUCUCCAGAACAGGUUUGGCCAAGUGAAUUAUGAAGACCCUAGCUACAACGUUGGCUUGCCUGUGUUCACCAUCCAUGGGAACCAUGAUGAUCCUACUGGAGCUGAUAACCUCUCUGCAAUCGAUACACUUUCAGCUUGCAAUUUCUUGAAUUAUUUUGGGAAAAUGAAUCUCGGAAGCACCGGUGUCGGUAACAUUACUGUUUCUCCUAUACUUAUCAGAAAGGUUGAAACUUCUGUUGCCCUCUAUGGACUUGGUAACAUUAGGGAUGGGAGACUGAAUCGAAUGUUGCAUGAACCACAUGCAGUCAAUUGGAUGCAACCUGAAAGCCGAGAUGAGACGCCACUGUCUGACUGGUUCAACAUCUUGAUUCUUCAUCAGAAUAGGGCAAAGGGGAGUCCUAAUAAUGGUAUCAGUGAACAUCUGUUGCCACGUUUUCUGGACUUGGUAAUUUGGGGCCAUGAGCAUGAGUGCCUAAUUGAUCCUCAGGAAGUUCCUGGAAUGGGUUUCCACAUCACUCAACCAGGCUCCUCAAUUGCCACCUCGCUGAUCAAUGCGGAAGCAAAGCCAAAGCAUGUGCUCUUGUUGGAAAUCAAGGGGAGUCAGUACAGGACAACCAAAAUACCUCUGCAGUCUGUUAGACCUUUUGAGUAUGCAGAGGUUGUACUGGAAGAUCAGGUGGAUGUUGAUCCUAGUGAUGAAGCAACCAUUCAUGCGCAUUUGCAUAAAGUUGUGAGCGAUCUUAUUAAGAAGAGUAGGGAAACAGCAGCCAGUGGAUCAGAGCUCAAACUUCCACUAGUUAGAAUAAAGGUGAACUACUCUGGGAUUUUGACAAUAAAUCCGAAGCAAUUCGGUCAGAAGUAUGUGGGCAAGGUGGCAAACCCACAAGACAUCCUGGCCUUUUCAAGAUCAUGGAAAAGGCGUCGAACUACACAAGGAAACACUGAAAAUUCUGAAGAGCUUGGUCCAGAUGAGCUCAAUGACCAGACGAUCAAAGCACUGAUUGAAGAGAGUAACUUGAACAUGCAGAUCCUUCCUGUACAUGAAUUGAACAGUGCACUGCAUGAUUUUGUCGACGGGGAUGACAAGAUGGCAUUUCACUCCUGCUUGCAGCAAAACAUUGAGGAAGCAAGAAAAAAGUUGACUACCGCCACGGAGGAUUCUAUUAACAUCGAUGAAGAACAAACAACACAUGGACCAGAUCAGUACAUGAAGGCGCGAGAAAAGGAAACACUGUCGCAGGGAAGAACAAGCUCCCAGAACCUGCAGGAUUGUACACUCAGCGCAUUCGAGGGGUCCCGGGCGCUCGAAUCGGAUGAUGAACCCGUCGAAUCGGCCGUUCUGGAGGAGAGUGCUUGUGACCAGCGGGCAGGAAAGAAGAGGCGAACGACAGCACCCGGUGGUGGCGGAGGAUCUGCGGCUGCCGCUGCCGCUGGGAGGAGGAAGACGGACCUGGCUUCGUUCCAGAGGGCCCCGGUGAAGGAAGACGACGCCGGUGCCUCCAAGAAAGGCCGGGCUCGUGUCGCCGCCGGGAGGUAUGGGGCGGUGAUCAGGAGGAGGUGAUGAGGUCGGUGGCCACAAUGGUCGAUGCGCUCUGAAUCUGUUAAUGGCUAGCAUUCCUUUUGGAUGAUGAAGUGACGAGUGCAUGAAACUUAAUAAUUGGGUUUCAUAACAUGGUCGUGAAUUCGUGAUCACCGAUCAUGCGUGUAUUUGGCUGCACGAUUAUUCGAAAUUGGAUUCUGGAUUC